CUUUUUCGAUACACAUUCUGUGUGGAUAUAUAUACGAAUAUAUGUAUAUAAAUACCUGAGCGUAUGCCCGAAGAACUGUGCCAAUAUAACUGAUUUAAAUUCCCGUGCAACGGACAGGGUGCAGAAACGCACUGCACCAGUGAACGAAACCGCGAGUGUUGAAAAUUUAUGAAAAAUCUAAUUUGAUAGAAUCAAUCAAUCAAGAAAGUGCCAUCGUCACCUCAAACGCGCCGUCAAGGCAUGCGAAUGCAUGCCACACGAAAUAAAUAUAAAAAGUCUAUCAAAUUAUUGCCAAAUUGCAGCACAGCCGCCAAUAAUAACAGUUAACAGGAACGUAGCAGGGCCCCACAGGGCGCCUCGGAUAAUAUUUCCUGGUGAAACCAGAGUAAACAAGAAACUUGAACCAUGGAGCAGUUUGAACAAUUGCUGACUUGCUGCGUGUGCCUGGAUCGGUAUCGUAUACCGAAACUGUUGCCAUGCCAGCACUCCUUUUGCAUGGAGCCCUGUAUGGAGGGCCUGGUGGACUAUGUGAGGCGGCAGGUCAAGUGCCCCGAAUGUCGUGCCGAGCAUCGCAUACCCUACAAUGGUGUUCAGGCAUUUCCCACCAAUGUGACACUGCAACGCUUUCUCGAGCUGCAUAUCGAAAUAACCGGAGAACUGCCAGAUCCAACAUCAGGUCAAAUUAUGGAACGUUGCGGUGUCUGUUCAGAGAAAGCCUAUUUGUCGCACUGCGCCCACUGUGAGAAGAAGAUCUGCGACGACUGUAAGAGCGCCCACAUGGACAUACUGAGACGUGAGAUCACGCGUUUUAACUCACAGAUACGCCGCAGCUUGCACCGACUACAGGACUCGCUGGCCAUCAUCGAGAAGAACACACUUAGUUUGCAAACGAACGCCAUCAGCGUAACUGAGGAAAUUGAUGAGAUCUACCGUCGCAUAACUAAAGCGAUUAAGGAUCGUUCAGAUCAGCUGAAGGGUGAAAUCGAUCGGUAUCUGGCUGUGGAGCUACGCAACCUGACCACGCUCAAGGAAAACCUUGACCUCGAAAUCAAUAACAUCACCAGCAAUUGCGAUAUUGUAGAUAAGUACAUGAACGAAACUGUGGAAUGGGAUGAUUGCGAGCUUAUGGACACCAAGGAGAUCUUCCUGAAGACAGUCGAGUUCUUGCGCCACUUCGAAUAUGAGAAUGCUGAUUACAGCAGGCGUGUGCGCUUUAUGGUGUCGAUUGAUCCCAAUCAGCUGGUCAUGAAUUUGGCCACAUUUGGUGAUCUGAACAUAACUCCCCACUCUGCGCCUGGCAGUUCGGUCAGCAGUUCCCAUCUGGCACCACCCACUGGCCUUCAGCCGGGCUUGAUGCGCUCUAAGAGCGAUCAUCGCCUGGCCACACAGUUCAGGCAGCAGGAAGAGCGAGGCGGUUACAAUGACGAGCCCGUCUUGGGCGGCCGUAAGUUUGGCGAGCGACCCGUCCGCACUGUCAACCCUGACCGUUAUGGAGAUGCAGGCAGUCGCUAUGGGCGCUCCGACUACGACUACGAUAAUGAAUACGAAAAUGAGCAAUCAUCACGUGCUGGAAAAUCCUCGCGCUUCAGAUCGCGCUUUGUGCGCUCUCAUCAGAACGAUGACUCCGACAGCGAACAGCAGCAACAGCAGCGUCAAGAGCUUGACAAGCGCAAGGAUCGCGUCCUAGAUAGUGAGGACGUGUCCCGUGGCCAGCUUAGCGGCAUCAUACGACUGAGCGACUGUGCGCGUGUCGUACAGCGUCUGGCGGACAUCGGCAAAGAGAAGAAGGAGAAAAAGUCGGAUGCAGCGGCGGCAGCACAGGCUAAUGUCCAGGCAGCCAUUCAAGCUCAAAAGGCAGCCAUGCAGCGGCAAAAGCAGGCCCAACAGCCACCAGCUGCACAGCGUCAGGUGUCCGAGGAUGAUGAGCUGGCGCGCCAGAAGCGUCAAAAUAAAAACGCUCCUGCCGGCUCAUCUACAGCCACUCCGACAGCUUCAACGCCAGCAGCGGCGACCAGCGAAACAGGCGAACGUCCGAACACGGAUCGUGUAACGGCCCUGAAACGUGGUGGACAGGCAGCAAGUGAAGAGAGCGACAGUUCUACUCAGGCGGCAUCUCCAGUGCGUACAGCGGCGACGCGAGCUGAGGUAAGUGUGAAUGAAACAAAUGAAGAAGAUGAGCAAGGCGUUCAAGCCGCGCCCGAAGAGGCGCCCAGUGACAGUGGCAGCGAUACUGAGAACGAGAGUACUUCUGAAAGUGAUAGUGGGGAUGAGGAAGAAAGCGAUAGCCCAGAGCAGGGCUUGGAAGAGGUGGAAGACCAAGAAGAACAAUCAGCCACUCAGUUACAAAAUGUAGAGAUAAUGGAGGGUAAUGAUGGUGGGGAUGAAGACGACUCUUCAGAGUAUGAGUACGUUGAGGUAACAGAUAGUGAGAGUGAAGACGCUGAAGAAGAAGAAACACAGGCACAUCCAACGACGCAACCUACAAUAAAUAUUGUGGCUCCAGAAGAAGAGUUAACAGAUAAGGUAGAAGUAGUUGCAAGCGAGUUUAUACAAGUAAGUGAAAAUGCGGACGCUGUAGAGCAUGCAUCGGUAGUCGAUAAAAACAAUGAGAGCGAGGAGGAAUUAGAGGCUAGCGACGAUGACUCUGUGGCAUCGAAGCCACCGAUGUCCGCCCAAGUGGCGGCCGUCAAGAAGACGCAACGAUCUGGCAGCAGCGACUCUACCGCUUCCACCGAAAGCUCAGCCAGCUCGGGCCAAGCAGCGGCGGCCAGCAGCUCGCAAAAAGCGCCUUCGACGGCACGAUAUUCAACUGCACGCGAGGCUAGCACGACUGCAGCCGCAGCAACGACGCCAUCCACGCCCGAGAAGAAGCCCUUCGUGAGUCGUUUCCUGCCACAACACAGCGGCACAAGUGCAGCCAGUAACGGAGCGGCAGACAAGAAGAAAGCUGAAUCCGAUUCAAGCAGUGAAGAGGAGACCAGCUCAGAGUCCGAAUCGGAAUCGGAGCCAGAGACAAAGCCCAAAACGGGUGCGACCAGCAGCAGCGCUAACAAAUCCACGCCCAGCAGUGUCUCCAACUCAACGUCAGCUGCCACAACGGCGUCUUCCUCGUCCACGUCCUCGUACCGCGAUCGGCUCGAGGCACGACGCGCAUCUCGCGAUGAUACCGGCUUGUCGGCUCGCAGCUCCGCCUAUGCCACGCCCUCGAGCAGCGGGUACGGCAGCAGCUCGACAACGACUUCGACGCCGCGAACCCGUGCCGUGCCCGCGCCGCAUCACGCGACGGACAACGAGGAUCGCUAUGGCAGCGGCAGCAACAGUGGCAGCAGCUACACAAGCCGCUUUCUAAACAAAAGCAAGAGCAGCGCCAUUGUAACGCAACCCUCGCUGUCCACGCCCACCGCCUCCUUCGAUGACGACGCCAAUGGUACUGGCGACGACUCGGACAGUCGCUAUGGCACGGGACGCUCGCGAUAUCUGGCGAUGAAGGAGCGACGCACUCGUCUGGCGCGCAGUCGCUCCUCUCACCAGUUUGGAAAUGAAGAUGAAGAUCUGGACGAGCCUGUGUCGCCGACGACAGCCUCACCAUCUGCUUACUUAGCUUCAAGGUACAGCGGCUAUGGUGGCAGUGACUUGUCCAGGAGCCGUUCUUCCCACGCUCUCAAGUCUCGCGACAGCUCUCCCAUCACUGAUCGCAGUGCUGGUUCAUCACGCAGCGCCAUGGGCAGCUCGACAGACAACAACAAGGAUGGCGAAGCGCUGAGCUCAUGGGCGCGCUAUCUGAAGAACAAGUAUGGCAACAAGAGCAGCAAGGAUGCGCCAGCCAGUAGCGGCAGUGCACGCGACACGCACGCCUCUAGCUCUGCGGCGACGUCAUCGCAUGCACACGCCCCUGGCAGCAGCAGCCGCAGCACCGCCAGCGAUGUCUCUAGACGCCUCAGUCUGGGCCUGCCGUUGCGACAGGCAAACGAGAUUGCCUCAUCCGACGAUGACGGGUCAAAAAACGGGCUAGGCUCCCCUACGUCCCCUACGGUGGCAGCAGCAGCCGGUAUAGCAGGAGCAGCAGGUACUAUCCCUAAACAGGUGUAUCUGCGCAAGCGCCAGCAGCUGUUCCAGUUGGGGGGCCGGGGGAGCGAGCCCGGAUCCUUUACGUGGCCGCGCGGCCUGGCCGUCGGUCCCGACAAUAGCAUCGUCGUUGCGGAUUCGUCGAACCACCGGGUCCAGGUCUUCGACUCAAAUGGCAUUUUUGUCAAGGAGUUUGGCGAAUAUGGCAAUGGCGAGGGUGAAUUCGAUUGUCUAGCCGGUGUGGCAGUUAAUCGCAUUGGCCAGUACAUCAUAGCCGAUAGAUAUAAUCAUCGCAUACAAGUGCUUGAUCCACAAGGACGUUUCCUGCGCGCGUUCGGCUCGCAGGGCACCGCAGAUGGCAAAUUCAAUUAUCCUUGGGGCGUAACAACUGAUGCACUCGGCUUCAUUUACGUUUGCGAUAAGGAGAACCACAGAGUGCAGGUUUUCCAAUCCGAUGGUUCCUUCGUUGGUAAAUUCGGUUCCUGUGGCCGUGGCGAGGGUCAGCUGGAGCAUCCGCAUUAUAUAGCCGUAUCGAAUACGAAUCGUGUUAUUGUUUCCGAUUCGAACAACCACAGAAUUCAGAUAUUCGAUGUGAAUGGGAAGGUCCUGUCAACUGUGGGUGGCGAAGGCUCCGACGAUGGUCAAUUCAAAUUUCCACGUGGUGUGGCUGUGGACGAUCAGGGCUAUAUAUUUGUAGCCGAUUCUGGUAACAAUCGCAUACAAAUCUUCAAUCCCGAUGGCAGUUUUCUAAAGACCUUUGGCUCCUGGGGCUCCGGUGACUCGGAGUUUAAAGGACUCGAAGGUGUGGCCAUUAUGUCAAACGGAAACAUUUUGGUGUGCGAUCGGGAGAAUCAUCGUGUGCAAGUGUUCUGAGGCACGCCCACUACAUCACAAUAACAACAAGAAUAAGAGCACUUUGUAUUGCUAAACAACUUUUAAUUUCUCUUUAAUUAUGAAUGGUUUACGAUUUCUGUUAAUAUGUAUUUAUUUUGUAAUGAAUUGAGUGCUAAAUUUAAUUUCGAUAUUUCUAUGACCAGAAAUUUCCCAAUCAAUUAAAACACUGACUCAAGAUAAGAAAAACAAACAAAAAAAAUCGAAAAACAGAGAAAUUGUUGAAAAAAUGUUAAGCUAGCAUAAAAUCGAGCAAAGUUGAAACUGAAAAUGAAUAAAAUCCAAAACGAAAACUCGUCAGAGUUGGA